AUGGUGCCAUGCCUCGGCACGGUUGGAUGGAGUGCUCCGGCCGUGGCCCUGCAAUUGGUGCUGUUGUUGGCAAGUGCCGUUCAUGUGGAAACGACCGUUACUCAGUUGCCUGAUGCGCCCGUGUGGUAUACGGCGUGCCCGACCUCGUCCUAUCAGAUUCGAUACAGCCCGCCCACGGCAGAGUUGCUUCCUCAACUCGAGCUCGUCUUCAAUAACGCGGUUGCCAAGGGCUUUGAUGAGGUGCCAGCCGACCCGACCUUCUUUGCACUCAUGAUCACCGGCAAGGAUGAGGCGCACGAGUACUUUGCACGCAAGUCAAUGGAAUCCUUUGUCCAUCAGGCAGCCACGCGCAAGGUGCUCGUCAUUAUCAACGACUCCCCCAAGUACACGCUCACCGGCCCAGUCUCCGAAUGGCUGGCUGACAUGCAAACCUCCGUCAUGGCCUCACCCCCGCCCUGCGUUGUCGAGAUUCGCGUGGAGCCAAAGCGCUACGUGCUCGGUGACCUUCGCAACAUUGGUAUCAACGCGGUGCCGCUCGGCGGUGUUUGGGUACAAUGGGACGAUGAUGAUUGGCAUGACCGGCAGUACAUGACCCUCAACGGCAAGGAAAUGGUCACCUCAAACACGCACGCGCUGACCAUCAAAUCGCAAUACCGAUAUUUUUUCACCAAGAACAGCAGCUAUAUCCAUCAACCUGCCAUCGCCUUUGGCAUUGAAGGCACGGUCAUGGUCUUCAAGACGCCCACCGUGGCCCCCAUCCAAUACCGCGCCAAAGGCAGAGCAGAAGACACAAUCUACCUUCGGAUGCUUCGUCAAGCAGAGGUUCCCGCAGCUGCCUGGGACAACCCCACCUGGUUGUACUUUCGUUUCUAUCACGGUAUCAAUACGUGGGACGCCAACCACUAUCGCAUCAACAAGCUCCCAGACGAAAAUGCAUGGUGCUGCCAUCUACCCACUCAUGCCUGCGGCUGUGCCGAUGAAAUGGCCAAUGAGCUUCACGCCUUUGUCAUUGAGGUUUACCAAGACGUCGCCGCCGCUCUGGCCGCGGCGCCUAGCUAG